UCUGCCUCCAAACGGAGAGAGGUCUUUUUCUCCCUCUACUAUUGAAUCUCAGAGUUGGCCGUGACGCGCGGCCCAGGGGAAGACCACAUAGAUCACAGCAGAAUGCUGCGACCAUUGAGCUUUCAAACCCGACCACUUGUGUGUGGGAAUCCCUUUGCGCGCAUCGCUAUUGAGAGAAACUUGCUGUUUUUCUUGUUUUUCUUUUCUUUUUCAACAUUUUUUUAAGAGACAAGGUGAAAGCGGUGAGAGCGGCAGAGACCUCCGGAUCGCGACAUGUUGGGAUGGAAGGCGCAGACUUUGACUCGCCGUCUCCAACAGGAGUAUGAAGUCCCACUUCACGGGUGUGAGGUCUCCACGAGUGAAACUCUGUCGCCUCGGGAUAUCGCUACACGCUUUCGGGGGAAUACUAUAAAGUGGGAAACGGUAACCACAUCGCAGUCCCCGCAACAUGGCCUCGGCUGCUAAUGCGCCCUCCGAGCUGGAAAACGGAGACCCCGAUCGGCCGAGGAUAACGCGGAGAAACAGGGGGGACUAUACCCGCGGCACACCGCUGGAUUUGGAGUAUUUGCAGCGGCCGAGUUACUGCGAUGCGGGCUUCGCUCUGGAGCAAAUCUCAGAGGGGAAGGCGACUGGGAGGAAAGCACCUCUGUGGCUGAGAGCGAAGUUCCAGAGAUUUUUAUUCAGGCUCGGCUGUUACAUACAAAAGAACUGUGGAAAGUUUUUGGUUGUGGGCCUUAUGAUUUUUGGAGCUUUUGCCGUGGGUUUAAGGGCAGCUAAUCUGGAAACGGAUGUGGAGAAACUCUGGGUGGAAGUUGGUGGGCGUGUCAACCAGGAACUGAAAUACACACGACAGAAGAUGGGGGAGGAGGCCAUGUUUAAUUCUCAGCUGAUGAUCCAGACGCCGCGGGAGGAGGGAGCCAACGUCCUAACGGUAGAGGCCCUUCUGCAGCACCUGGAGUCAGCUCUCCGAGCCAGCAGAGUUCAUGUUUACCUUUAUAAUAGACAAUGGAAAUUGGAACAUUUAUGCUACAAAUCAGGAGAAUUAGUCACAGAAACGCAUUUUAUGAAUCAGAUAAUAGAAAAACUUCAUCCCUGCCUCAUCAUCACCCCUUUGGACUGUUUCUGGGAAGGAGCUAAACUCCACUCUGGAAUGGUCUAUCUCCCAGGUGAGAACACUGUACAAUGGACCACUUUUGACCCGAAGAAGUGCCUUGAAAAGUUACGAAAAGCAAACAUUCCUGUGGAAAGCUUUGAGGACAUGUUGGAAAAGGCGGAUGUCGGGCAUGGCUACAUGGAUAGACCCUGUCUUAACCCUGCUGACCCUGACUGCCCUGACACUGCACCCAAUAAGAACUCAACUAAGCCAUUCAAUGCGGCGCUGGCUUUGAGUGGUGGCUGCCAUGGUGUGUCCAGAAAGUAUAUGCACUGGCAGGAGGAACUCAUUGUAGGAGGCACCACAAAGAAUGGCAGCGGACCCCUACUCAGUGCCCAGGCUUUACAGACCAUGUUCCAGCUGAUGACCCCCAAGCAGAUGUUUGAGCACUUUCAAGACCAUGAAGAGGUUUCCCACAUCAACUGGAAUGAAGAAAAGGCUGAAGCAAUACUGGAGGCCUGGCAGAGGAGAUACUCUGAGGCAGUGCUGCACAGUGUGGCAGCGAAUUCAUCCCAGAAGGUCUUAUCCUUCACCACCACCACUCUGGAGGAUAUUCUCAAGUCUUUUUCUGACAUCAGUGUUAUCCGUGUGGCCAGUGGAUACUUGCUGAUGCUGGCCUAUGCAUGUCUGACCAUGCUGCGGUGGGACUGUGCCAAGUCUCAGGGUGCCGUCGGGCUGGCCGGCGUCCUGCUGGUGACGCUGUCUGUGGCGGCUGGUCUGGGCCUUUGUUCUCUCCUGGGAAUCUCCUUUAAUGCUGCCACCACGCAAGUUCUUCCUUUCCUGGCUCUGGGAGUCGGAGUGGAUGAUGUCUUUCUCCUCGCCCAUGCCUUCAGUGAGACUGGACAGAACAAGAGGAUUCCAUUCGAGGACCGUACGGGGGAGUGCCUGAAGAGGACAGGGGCCAGCGUGGCUCUCACCUCCAUCAGCAACGUCACGGCCUUCUUCAUGGCGGCCCUCAUCCCCAUCCCAGCACUUCGAGCUUUUUCUCUGCAGGCCGCAGUGGUAGUGGUGUUUAAUUUUGCCAUGGUGCUGCUCAUCUUUCCUGCCAUCCUCAGCAUGGAUCUCUACCGACGAGAAGAAAGGCGCUUUGACAUAUUCUGCUGCUUCUACAGCCCAUGUGCCAAUCGAGUGAUUCAGAUCGAGCCUCAGGCGUACCUGGACGGAGCAGAUGCAGGACGCUACAGCCCUCCGCCAUCGUAUCGCACAGCUCCUCCUUCCUAUCGCACGCCUCCCCCGAGCUACAUCAGCCACAGCUUCGCCCAGCAGACCCAAAUCACUAUGCAGUCCACGGUGCAGCUCAGGACAGAGUAUGACCCCCGCACCCAAGCCUUCUACACCACAGCCGAGCCCAGGUCACAGAUCUCUGUGCAGCCGAUCAACCCGGUUCCGAUGAGGGGAAACCACAGCGGUGACUAUUACAAUAACAACAACAACAACAUCAGCAGCAACACCAUAAACAGCCGUGGCAGCAAUCUCAGCAACAACAAUGGGAGCAGAGGUAAUGGGGGCUCUGCCGCCUUCGGCCAUCAUUAUCCUGCGCCCGCAUCCAGCGGCUGCACAGUUCCUCAGGCUGACUCAGCCUCGACAACCAGCCAGAGUCCAGAGAACAACAGCUCCACGCGGGACCUGCUGUCUCAGAUCGGAGAGUCCUCGAUAGGCUUGCGCUGCCUUGAGCCCUCCUGCUCGCGCUGGACCUUGGCCUCUUUCGCUGAGAAGCACUAUGCUCCGUUCCUUCUGCGACCCACCACCAAGGUGGUUGUGAUUAUGCUAUUCCUGGGCCUGCUGGGAAUCAGUCUGUACGGGACCACCCAGGUGCGGGACGGCCUGGAGCUGACAGACAUCGUGCCCAGAGAAACCAGCGAGUACGACUUCAUCGGCGCUCAGUUCAAGUUCUUCUCCUUCUACAACAUGUACGUGGUGACGCAGCGGGCCGAUUACGCCCAGAGCCAGCUGCUCUUGCACCAGCUCCACCAGAGGUUCCACACCAUUCGCUAUGUGUUGAAGGAGGACAAUGGCCAGCUGCCCCGCAUGUGGCUCCACUACUUCAGGGACUGGCUGCAAGGACUCCAGCAGGCAUUUGACAAGGACUGGGAGGCCGGUUGUAUCACCGUCAGCAGCUACAGGAAUGGUUCUGAUGAUGGUGUCCUGGCUUACAAAUUGCUGGUGCAGACAGGACGCAGGGACAAACCCAUCAACUUCAGCCAGCUGACUCGACAGAGACUUGUGGAUGCAGAUGGUAUCAUCAAUCCUGGGGCUUUUUACAUCUACCUAACCGCUUGGGUCAGCAAUGAUCCCGUCGCGUAUGCUGCCUCACAGGCCAACAUCCGUCCGCACCCUCCUGAGUGGCUCCACGACCGGACUGACUCCAUGCCCGAGACGCGUCUCAGCAUUCCCGCUGCUGAGCCCAUCGAAUACUCACAGUUCCCCUUCUACCUCAACGGGCUCCGGGAGACCCCGCAGUUUGUGGAGGCCAUCGAGAGCGUGCGGGCAAUCUGCACCAACUACAGCCGACAAGGCCUUCCCUCCUACCCCAACGGCUACCCUUUCCUCUUCUGGGAGCAAUACGUCAGCCUGCGUCACUGGCUUCUCCUUUCCAUCAGCCUUGUGCUUGCCUGCACCUUUCUGGUCUGUGCCCUGUUCCUGCUCAACCCGUGGACCGCUGGCAUCAUAGUGCUUGUGCUCUCUCUCAUGACUGUUGAGUUGUUCGGCUUCAUGGGACUAAUGGCAAUCAAGCUCAGCGCCGUCCCUGUUGUCAUUCUCAUCGCCUCAGUAGGCAUUGGGGUGGAGUUUACUGUUCAUGUGGCUCUGGCUUUCCUGACAGCCAUAGGGGAUCACCACAAACGGGCAGUGCUGGCACUGGAGCACAUGUUCGCUCCGGUGCUGGAUGGAGCCUUCUCCACAUUACUGGGUGUCCUAAUGCUUGCAGGCUCUGAGUUCGACUUUAUUGUCAGGUAUUUCUUUGCAGUAUUAGCCAUCCUAACAGUUCUUGGAGUACUGAACGGAUUGGUCCUUCUCCCAGUAUUACUCUCAUACUUUGGACCUUAUCCAGAGGUUUCACCAGCUGAUGGCCGUAGUCGAUUACCUACCCCCUGCCCAGAGGCCCCUCCUCGAGUGGUUCAUUUCUCGGUCCGUCCUCACCAAACCUCUGGACCCGUCACAAACGCAGGUGCUGCCACGGAUUCAUCAGACUCGGAGUACAGCUCUAAUGCUACAGUGUCUGGAAUUAGCCAAGAGGUGCAGAACUACAACCUUUAUACACACAGAGGACACACUCAAACAGAAGAGCAGCACAACAACCUCCGAACCACCAGAGGAAGAGCGUCCCGGACAGAAGAGGAAAGGAGAGCAGGGUCAGGACAACGGUGUUCACCGAGACAGCAGUCUGACCCCCCACCCUAUAAUAUGUCUUCGGGUUUUGAUUCUGGGUUCCAGCACGGCAUUACUCAGCCAAACGGCAGCAGGGACCCCAGGGGCCAGCAGCACUGGCAGGCCUCACCCCCAGCCCACCCGCGCAUUGACGCUUUUGAAACUGCUACCGAGGCUGGGGGCCACCACGGCUCUCGCAGCUACAGAGAACAUUCAGCAGGCCACAGUGCUCACUCCUCCCACAACUCACAACCUCAUCAUCACCAACAGCAUCAUCACCACCUCCCGCACCAAAACACCAACAAUGCUCCUUUUUGUCAGCCUAUUACCACAGUGACGGCAUCAGCCUCGGUCACUGUAGCCGUUCACCCUGCCCCAUUCUCCGGCCAAGGUCCAGUUUCCUCCUUCCCAGAAUACACUGCAACAGACAGUUACUGCCCAUCGGGGCCACAGGAGCCAGAACCAGCCUUUCAGGACCCUCACGUGCCUCUGUACACCCACACAGGGACUAGGGAGGCCAAGGUGGAAACUGUUGAGCUCCAAGAUUUGGAAUCGGAGGCAGCUGAGAGGAACCACAGCAGACGGGCAAGCUGAGCUCUGGAGAAGAGAAGCACUAUGGCCAAAGAUGGACUCCCCUGUCUUACUAAGCAGCUGACCCAGCUUGGCACAGCCCCACCUCUGACCCCACGUAGCGUAAAAGCUUGCCAGUGUUGCCAUAAUGGUGCUCAAUGUUACUGUAACACAGUGGACUAUUGUUUUAGAUAUUUCUAGCUAUAUUUAAAAGAUCUAUACAUAUGUAAAUAUAAACAAAUAGUAAAUAUAAUUUUUAGAAGCUGUACAACUCCUACUUGUUAAUAGACUGAGGGGGUUAUUGUAUAUGUUGUAUGUGUGUGUGCGUGUGUGUGUGUAUACUCUGAUUACUGUUCACUUAUCUGUGGAUCUGUGCCAAUAGGAAGCUCAACGUAGGACAAACAUACCUGUCAGCAUUCACAGUUGCUGCUCGGAAUUUUAUUUUUUUAAUACUAAUGUACAUUUUUAACACUAUGCAAAUCUUUUGUUUGGACAGAACAAGUUACCUAUCUAGGUAAGUGCGCGUGUGUGUGUGUGGUGGGUGGGGGGGGGGAUGUUUUGGGUUGUGUAAAGUGGAACAGCCCCAUUCACCAGAUACAUCCUCAGUACAGACUAACAUUUACACUCAUUUAAAACAUGAGGGAAGCUGUUAGAAUCAUCCAACAAAGCUAUGGUACAUUUGUUUGUGUGUGUUUUUAUUAUUGUAUAAAGGUACGCUUGUAAAACUAUUAAUUUUUUAUUUUAUCACAAACCUGUGGUAGAUAUGAAACAAUUACUGUUUUAACUCGACACGCUAUGCGUGCUAUUUAAAAUGAGUUGGUAUGAAGACAUUUUAAGUUGUUAUAAUUUUCUUUUUUCUUUUUUUUUUACUUCUGGCCUUGAAACUUGUUUCGGCACUCAGCUUUGUAUCACUGUCUUUUAGGACUGGUUGUAUUUUACUGUAAGAGGUUUUAUGAUGUUAAAAAACUCUGGCAGGCUCAAACAGGUUCCGAGCAGCCUCAGAACCCACCUCAGAAAUGAACUCUUACCUUUUACAGGGACCUUCACGUUACUGAUUCUGGAACAGGGUCAAAAAAGAAACAAGGUGCUACCUCUGCACCCUAUAUUGAGGCUUUGUCUUGUGGAUAAGCUAAAGCUCAGACUGUAAUACUGUAUGACCCGACACAAAAUAGCACUUGACUGCGUUUCAUUCACAGGAAUAUAUCUCGCUUGAAGUAGCUCUUUCUGUCCAUCCAAUAAGCUAGACAAUGCAGCCUGCAAAGGGCUAAGACCAAUAAGGCCUCAUAUGUGUGUUUGUGUGUGUAUUGGUUCUCUUCACAACUCUGGUCCUUUGCCUGCAUCUGAGGGCCCCCGUUUUUUAAUGACAGUAAAGACAACUGGUCCUAGUUUGGCCACAGCUGUCCCCACUGACCUCAGCUCUUAAAAAUCCACAACAUAAGGCCAUGACACUAAUUGGACAUCUCCCCUCAGCUGCUAAAUUGCACAAGCCUGAGCCUUAUGAGGGUGGAAGGUGGGGGAGGACGGGUCGGGUCAGUUUUUUGCACCUCACCGCCCCCUCUCUUCACCAGCUACGGCCGGUUUGUGCCUGCAUGUGUCAGUGCCAGCAGGCGUACCUGUAGCCUCCAUGGGCCCCUUUGGUCUCCCUCUACAGCAACCUUUUUUUUGUACUCACGCUCAGUCUCCAACACUCAUAGGUCUUUUCUCCUCCUGAUCACCGAGCUGUGGUGGUUCUCAAAGCCAUACAAACCUUUGUUGAAAUGUCAGGUUUUUGUGAUAUGAAAAUUCAGGCCGUGAUAAGUAAUUUUAAAACUUUUUAUUCAUAUAAUGUGACAUGCAUCCUGUAUAUUUCAACUAAAGAAAGACAAACUAAUUUGUAUGUAGGGAAACAACACAGUGCAAUUACCUGGUGACAUAAACCAGUACUUUGUCAAAACACCUUUGAUUCAUUUUUAGCAUUCAGUCUUCUUUGGCAGGGAUCCUUCAUCAUCCCAACAUCUUGACCUGGUAAUUGUUUUGCACUUUGCUUGGCAAAAGUUCCUCAAAUUUAUCAUAUCAAGCAGACAUUUCUUCCCCCUUUAGGUGAUCCCACAGAUUUUCUGUCGGAUUUAGUUCUAAGCUCUAGACAUGCUGUUGCAAAACUUAAAUUUUCCUCUUAUAUAGUCAUUCUCUAGUUAAUUUGGUGCUUAAUUCAUCUUCAGCCUUCUUUUUGGUACCUUUAACAAUUUUUUCCACCUUGAUUUAAAAAAACAAAACAGAAAUCUAACCCCAGAUGCCGCCACCACCAUGUUUCGUUGUGUAUGGAGUUCUGUCUGUGAUGUUCCAAAUGUACUAUCUUGAACAUUAGCCCAAAAGUUCAGUUUUGGUUUCAUCAGACUGUAACAUAGUCACCCACAAGAUUUUAGGUGAUUUUA